CUAAUGUUGUUCCACGUCAGCUUGAUAAAAGGCUAAUUCCAGAACAGCCUAAUAAACGUUCUGCAACUAAGGGUUUACCUCCUGUAACUGAUGGUAAAGGUUUACCUCCUGCAACUGAUGGUAAAGGGUUACCUCCUAUAGCACGCUCUGCAACUAAAGGUUUAUCUCCUGCAACUGAUGGUAAAGGGUUACCUCCUAUAGCACGUUCUGCAACUAAAGGGUUACCUCCUGCAACUGAUGGUAAAGGGUUACCUUCUAAAGCACGUUCUGCAACUAAAGGUUUACCCCCCGCAACUGAUGGUAAAGGGUUACCUCCUGCAACUAAUGGUAAAGGGUUACCUUAUAGAGCACGUUCUGCAACUAAAGGUUUACCUCCUGCAACUGAUGGUAAAGGGUUACCUCCUAUAGCACGUUCUGCAACUAAAGGCUUACCUCCUGCGACUGAUGGUAAAGGGUUACCUCCAGAAGAUUUGUCGUCACGUUCAGCAACUAAAGGUUUACCUCCUGCAACUAAGGGUUUACCUCCAGAAGAUUUGUCGUCACGUUCUGCAACUAAAGGUAUCUCCUAA